AUUAUUCCGAAUUUCAAAUUUUAUUCUUAUCUAUUUACAUAAAUAUACUUAAAUCGUGGUCUAUUUAAAUAGUAUAUUUAUCUGUGAUAUGGUACUCUAGUGUCUAUUUAGUCUAAAUGGACCAUAACCAAAUAAGCAAUAAAGUCAAAAUAUGUUAAUAUAUUAUCUAAUUCUAGCCUCUAGGUAGUAAUCAUUUUCGUCCAAGAUGGUAAUAGUGAUACCUAUAAAUGAUUAACUACAUUAGUAAAUAAAUAUAUUUGGUACGUCCUAUUAUUGUCUGAAAUAAUUCUCAAGUAUGUUUAUGUGUUUAUAAAAACUAUAUAAUUUUACUAGCAUAGAAGCAUAGCACGGUGUCACAGUAUUUACUCAAUUUUUAUCUUUUCAUGACGCAUUUGAAACAUAUAAAUAACAAUUUUUCAAAAUAAGUUUAUUUUUCAUUACAUAGUUUGAAUACAAUAAUAUUUUUGUUUACUGAUCCAAGUUUAACCCUUUUGACCUUAUUUUGUUUUAAAAUGUAUAAAUCGUGUGCGCCUAUAUAAGUAUAACCUAACCUAUCCAUUUUAGUUAAGAGUGAAGAACUUUUACAGAUGCAAUUAUUGUUAACUCUUUUUAUUUGUAACAUAAAUAAUAAACACUCAUUACAAUAGUUAAUAUGACAAUUAAUAAGUUUGAUUACAUAUACAGAAAAUUGUUGCUUACUAAAUACUUUGUGAAUGGUUGGGGUGAUCCUGAAAAACUUAAAAGUUUGUUUCAGUUCCGCAAUCAUAUUAUAGAUCGAGACUCUUGUUUCAAACUUGUAUCAUCUGAUUAUCCUGUAAAAAUUGUUAAAAAAAAGGAAGAUUCCGAUUCCAUAACAUUAGAAGGAGUAUUUCAAUCACCUUUUUCGUAUUAUCUUCCAGAUAUAGUGCCAAAAGAGAGUCACCUUGCUCAUUUUCAAGUGUUAUUACCGAAAAAAUGGCCAUCCAAAAAUGUAAAACCUAUGUGUGUGCAUAUGGCUGGUACAGGAGAUCAAUAUUAUUGGAGAAGACGAGCUAUGUUAGCAAAGCCACUUUUAAAAGAAGCAGCAAUUGGAUCAAUCAUAUUAGAAAACCCCUUCUAUGGAAAAAGAAAACCAAAUAAUCAAGUUAGGUCUAUUUUAUGCAAUGUCUCCGAUAUUUUUGUUAUGGGAGGUUGCUUAAUAUUGGAAUCCCUUGUAUUAUUUCAUUGGUGUGAACGUGAAGGAUUUGGACCAAUUGGUGUCACUGGUUUAUCGAUGGGAGGCCAUAUGGCAUCAUUAGCUGCUGCAAGUUGGCCAAAGCCAAUUGUUCUUGUUCCUUGUUUAUCUGGUACAACAGCUUCUGGAGUAUUUACAGAGGGUGCUAUAAGCUGUGCUAUUGAUUGGGAUUUACUUGAAAAACAAUAUAAGUCAAAUUCUGUGUAUAAAAAUGAAGUUGGAAACAUUGAUAAUAAAGUCAACAAGCUAAAAGUAAAAUUUAAUGCGGGUAAACAAUUUAUUAAAGAUAUGAAUAUUGAUUCACAUUUUAACGUCCAGUCAAAUUUAAUGUUUGAAGAUUUAAAAAAUGAUAAUAGUUCAUUAAAUAUAUGUCAACCUCAACAGUUAAAUAAAUUAAAAUUAACCAAUGCAUUUGAUAAUUUGAAUGAUCCAUCAAUUGAAGAAAAUAAUGAACUUCAAAUUCAAAAAGAUUUAAAACAAACAAAACACAUGAUGAGAUUUUUCAAUAAACAUUCAAAAAGUGAAGAUUUAAAUUUAGAAGCCUUGAGUUUUAUGAAAGGUAUUAUGGAUGAAUGUACUCAUUUGAAAAAUUUCAAUUCCCCUGUUGAUAUGGAUAUAGUAAUAGCAGUUUGUGCAAAACGUGAUGGUUAUGUACCUCAACAUGGCAUGGAUAAAUUAGAAGAUAUUUGGCCUGGUGCAGAAGUUAGAUAUGUUGAUACAGGACAUGUAGCUGCUUUUAUACUUCACCGAAAUACAUUCAAAACUGCAAUAAUUGAUGCAUUUGAACGAGCUCAAAAAAAAUAUUAUGAUAAACCUUUAUAAUGUGUGAUAACUUGGAACUUUAAUAGUAUAACUCAGAUCUGGACAUCUUUGGCUUAGCUAUUAUGGCAUGUAUUCAUUUCUAUUGUAUUUAUAUCAGUUGUCAGUUUUUAUCUCAUUUUCAUCAAUUACAUGCAAGGUUUAUAAAUCUUGAGCUACAUGUAUGUAUACCAUAUCUAAAAACUAAAACCUUACCAAAAAAAAAAAAAAAAUACAUUGGCAUACAAAAAUAUACAAAAAUAAACUUUCUUAAAAUUGUAUAAAUUAUUAUUUAUAAAUUUAUAGUCACAUACCCAUAUUACAUAUAUUAUGAUAUGUGGACUAUAGAUAAACUUUUUUAUACAAAAAUAAACUUUUUAAUUAUUUCUUGAAAUGGCCUUACACUGAAAUGUCUUACACCGAGUAUAACUGAUUACUAUAUUCCGACCCUUGAGAAAUCUGUACCGCUAUUCGACCAAAACGUGGCCGAUUUCGCUUAUCUUCCAUUCAACCAUCUUCCGACAGCGGUACAUAGUGGGGGAAAUAGUUCCCCGCACCAUCUACUGUAUGUGCGUGACGGUACUGAUCUACUGUGGGCCAGAGUAUAAAGUGAUUAAUUGAAUGUGAAACACUAAUUGUGUUAUUUAUGUUACCAAUAUUUUAUACUAAAUUGAACAAAUUACUCUGUAUAACAUUAUUUUUAUGAAUAUGUAUAGUAUUUUUGUAUAGUAAUAUUACAUUUGCCUAAACAAUAUGUGAUCCUUAUUAUUUUAUAUUCAGAGGAGGAACACAUAAGUUAUAUUUUGUAACGAUGUUUUUUUUUCUAAUAAAUAAAAAUACUAUUAACCUUUUGUAUAAUAAUAAAUAUGUUAGUUAUUAAUACUCAGAUUUGAUGGUAUUAUUGGUAUUUAAAUAAGUAAAAGUAUUCUUAGUUAUGAAAAAAAGUUCAUGCAUUUGCAUGUUUUUUACUAAACAAUCCAAAAAUUGCUCGAUACAAAUUUGAGUUAUAAUUUAACAAGUUAUAAUACAAAGUUUUAUUUUUUAUACUUUUAACCUCCCAAAGUUCUAACUAGAUCCAAUUUGCUACCAGAACCAACCCAUAGUUAAAAAUCUAAACAUUUAUACUACCCCAAAGUGCUAUGAUAAACGUGUGUACAAGAAAUACCUCUCAGAAUCUAAAAACUUGUAUAUUUUAUACAGUUGUAUUAAUAAAUUAUAAAUUAAACAUAUAUUUUUGAAUUUAUAA